AUGUCGGUCUCCAUGCCUCAGCUCACUGCUGUGAAUGAGAAGAAGAAUUCCAUGGAUUAUUGGAAAGACCGAAUGCAUGGACUUUCCCCCUCUCAAUAUCCCUGGACGGAUCCAAGCCAAGAGCGACCAUCGCCCUCAACUCGAAAAGAACAGGCGAUCGAAAUUGAUUGCGAAAUCAUUCAUCUUCCACUCCACGCAGACUGGUAUGGUUGCACUGCUAUGAUUUGCUCUGCGUGGUCCGUGGUUCUCGCAUCUUACACGGGCUUCUCUGAUGUAUGCUUUGGGCUGGCAAUGUCGCAUCCCGAUCUUGUGGAGAAACGGCGUCCUUUUCCGUUUCGAACCACCAUCAGAGAUGUAGUCUCACUACGUGAAUUCUUGAACUCCACUGAAGAAAGGAUUCGAGAAGACUUAGAGCAUAAUGACAUAGAUGUUCACUUGGCUCAACCGUCGCACCGCACAUGGGAUAGAUGGUCCCAAAGUUCAAUGAUUUUGGAGAUCUUCCGAAAAGCUGAGGGCCCCAUGGAAAUACAACCGUGCAGUCUUGCUUUACAGUGUAUCAUUGACGGUCAUCAUCUCCAACUCAAGGCCCUAUAUAACCCAGAAUGUAUUGCAAAGGAUGAAGUCAAACGGGCCUUGACUCAUCUGAGGAAUGUACGUACCCGAAACAGUCGAAAGGGCUUGCACAAGCUAGACAUGCUAACCCAAAUUUCUUGA